AUGCGCUGUUUGGAAAAAGCAGGACUCAACAUGCCUCUUCUGCUGCUGCUGCUUUGCUCCCUGUCUCUUCUACAAGGCCUACCUCUCUGGGAAAAUGAGGAGGCCACCCCCUCCCCGCUGUUGGAGGGCCUCUCCUCAGAGGCCAUGGAAGCACCCAAGGAGGAAGAAAUGCCGGUCUUGGCGGAGGUGCGGGGAUCCUCACCCCCAAGUCCCGAAGGCCUCUCUGAAUUGCUGCAGGGGACAUUGCUGAAAAAGGAGUUUCCCGGGGGCGAGGUGGUGGAAGAGCCAAUUCCUGGAGGACAGUCUUCCACUCUGCCCCCAUUCCAUCCGCCCAUCCAGCGUCUAGAUGAUGGGAUGGUCCUUGAGACCUCCGAAGCCACAGCCACUGGCCCCUCCCCAUUGACCACUGCUGCCCCUCCCACUGGCUUCCUACUCACCACCCCUCCAGCACCAACAGCGGCCGCUCCGCCCCGAUUGCCCCCUCCACCCGACGAGGUUGGUUCUGCCAAGCACCCUAUCUCGGCCACCACCACCACCACCUUCAUCCCCGAAGGUGACGAAGAGACGACGACCACCCUAAUUACUACGACGACUAUCACAACUGUUCACACUCCUGUCCUUUGCAACAACAACAUCACUGACAUAGAAGGCUACGUUGAAUCUCCCGAUUAUGCUGGCACCACCUUUUACGGAGGCCUGGAUUGUACUUACACGAUUUCAGUGUAUAUGGGCUACGGGAUAGAAGUACAGGUGCAGAAUCUGAACUUGUCCAAGGAGGAUUCACUGACAGUGGAAGGCCUGGGAGGGGAGAAGCCUGUUGUCUUGGCCAAUGAGUCAUUGAUGGUUGAGGGGCAAGUGAUCCGUAGCCCAACCAAUCAAGUCCUGAUUCAUUUCCAGAGCUACCACACCACCACCCCUGGUGUCUUCAGAUUCCAUUACCAGGCUUUUCUGCUCAGCUGUGGCUUCCCCAGUAGGCCAGAAAACGGGGAUGUCAUGGUAACUGAUCUCCAUCCGGGGGGCUCUGCCACUUUCAAAUGUGAGUCAGGCUUCCAGUUGAAGGGUGAAGAGAUACUCAUUUGCCUCAACGUCAGCCGCCCUCGGUGGAGUGGCACCAGCCCUGCGUGUGUGGCUUCUUGUGGAGGAACAGUUCACAAUGCCACUCGUGGACGCAUUGUGGCUCCGGAGGCCCCAGGAGGACCACGUGGUCGGAACCUGACCUGCCGUUGGUUGGUGGAAGCACCUGAAGGCCAGAGACUCCAUCUACACUUUGAAAGAGUGGCACUGGAUGAGGAUAAUGACAAGCUGAUGAUCCGCAGUGGGAGUAGCACUUUCUCCCCUAUCAUUUAUGAUUCUGACAUGGAUGAUGUCCCAGAACGGGGAUUGCUAAGUGAUGCUCAGUCUCUCAUUGUUGAAUUGAUCAGCGAGGGACCUGCUACGCCCCUCAUCCUUAGCCUUCGCUACGAAGCUUUUGAUGAAGAUCGAUGUUACGAACCCUACCUGGCCCAUGGAAAUUUCAGCACAUCAGACCCUCUGUAUCGUACAGGGACCAUUGUAGAGUUUGCUUGCAGUGCAGGAUACAUGCUUGAGCAGGGUCCUUCGGCCAUUGAAUGCAUUGAUUCACAAGACCCCCGCUGGAACGAAAGUGAGCCCACCUGCAAAGCAUUGUGUGGUGGGGAGCUCUCUGAGCCAACAGGUGUUGUACUUUCUCCUGACUGGCCCCAGUCUUAUGGAAAAGGUCAAGACUGCGUAUGGGGCAUCCGGGUGCAGGAGGAGAAGAGGGUGCUGCUAGACAUUGAGAUCCUCAACAUCCGCAAAUCUGAUGUGUUGACUGUUUUCGAUGGAGGAGACUUAACUGCCCGGAUCCUCGGCCAGUACCUUGGUCCCCAUCCUCGGUUCAGCAUUUAUUCUUCAGGCCCAGCAGUCACCCUGCAGUUCCAGUCAGACCCGGGUGACCCACUUUUCGGUCUCAGCCAGGGGUUCCUGGUGCGCUAUAAGGAGGUUCCACAAAAUGACACUUGUCCCGAGCUGCCAGAGGUGGAGUUUGGUUGGUGCACAGCUUCUCAUACCGCUGUUAUCCGUGGCACAGUCGUAACCUACCAAUGUGAGCCAGGCUAUGACAUUGUGGGCUCCGACAUUCUCACCUGCCAGUGGGAUCUAUCAUGGAGCAACAGCCCACCUACUUGCCAGAAGAUUAUAAAUUGUGCUGAUCCUGGAGAGAUUAGCAACGGGAAACGGAGCGUCUCAGACCGACAUUUCUCCAUUGGCUCUCAUGUCCAGUACUUCUGUCAUGAGGGCUACGUAGUGGAAGGGAGCAACACACUCACCUGCUACAACCGGGAUACGGGCACCCCUAAAUGGAGCGACCGAGUACCCAAGUGUGUCUUGAAAUAUGAGCCUUGCCUGAACCCCGGUGUUCCAGAGAACGGGUACCAAACUCUUUACAAGCAUCACUACCAAGCAGGAGAGUCUCUGCGCUUCUUCUGCUAUGAGGGCUUUGAGCUUAUAGGAGAAGUGACAAUCACCUGCAUACCAGGACAUCCAUCCCAAUGGACCAGCCAGCCACCCCUCUGCAAAGUGGCCUAUGAGGAGUUAUUGGAUGACCGGAAACUGGAAGUCACCCAGACCACAGAUCCUUCCCACCAGAUGGAAGGCGGCAACAUUGCCUUGGCAAUCUUCCUCCCCAUCAUUCUCGUCAUCCUGCUAAUUGGAGGCAUCUACAUCUACUACACGAAAUUCCAAGGAAAAACUCUCUUUGGCUUCUCCUUUUCCAGCUCUCACAGCUACAGCCCCAUCACUGUAGAAUCUGAUUUCAACAACCCUCUCUACGAGGCUGGGGACACCAGAGAAUACGAAGUUUCCAUUUAGAAGACGUUAAGAGGAUCUGCCAUUCUUCUCCCAAACCCAACAAGGUCUGAGGAUCAACGACUGAGAAUGAUUCCUGAUUUGGAGGGAAUAGCGGAAGGUGGUUUUUGGGAGGGGGCUAAGGGAAAAUGGAGGGGAGAGAAGGAGUUUAUCCUUUCUACCCCACAAAUUCAGCUUUAUCUCUUCUUCUCCAUGUUGCUGCCUGACUGUCCACUCUCAGCUUUGGACCACUCCCUUCUCCCGUGUAAAUACCCUCUUCAAUGUG